GAACUGCUGUGCCUGUGAUGGCUUUUCAAACAUGGAAAGAGAUUGGCUGCUUGUAAAGUGACAGAGAUAUGAAUUUGCAUCAUGUGCCUGAGAUGGUAUGAAACACAGAGGAUGCAAAGUCCACAGAGCAGAGCGACAUUUCACAGGGAUUGAAUACACUGAGGAGACGGCACCGUUCGUCAUGUUUGUCUGCAGAAGAGACCAAAUGUUCAUCUGUCUUCUUCUUGUCUUUGUGAUGGCAGGAGCAGAGGUGCAGGAAAACCUCUCACCUGAGUGUAAACAGUUCCUGUACAUGGGCACAGUGCCGCGAGGCCUCGAGGAGCAGCCUUUCAAAAAGAUCUGCCAGUUCUACGGCGGAAGCCCACGAUUUGUCACCCUGUACGACACCAUCACCCACAUCCCUGUUUAUUCUGCGUACACCUUCAAACGCUCGGACGGAUCAAAAAAGGUUGAUGUGCCUUGGAUGUAUGAGCCACAGCUCUCCACAAUGUCUGACUCACGUGAGAUGCAGCAGUUCCCUUCAGAAUAUGUUCACAUGAAUUUCGAGGACGCUCAGGCCGUGCUUGACGACUACUCGGACACAGUAAUCUUUGAACGUGGUCAGCUGAAUCCGGACGAGCACCAGGCCCACCCCGACGACAAAGCAUCCACCUACACCCUGACAAACGUGGUCCCUCAGGUCCGAGAGUUCAACAUCGGCCCCUGGAAAGACCACGAACACACCAUCCGCAGGCGGCUCAACAACUACUGUCGUGGCACCGCCUAUGUGGUCACAGGGGUCACCACCUCGGGGCACAUGAUCCGCCGCCACAAUAUCAACCGCCUGGGCAUCCCCACCUACUUGUGGUCGGCCUACUGUUGCCCUGAUUUUGACCACAAUGCACCAUACUCCGAGCGCUCCAAGUUUCCAGCGUUUGCAGCUCACGGGCUCAACGACAGGGAGGAUAACAAGGUUCAGGAGAUGACGCUGCAGCAGCUGGAGGAAUUCCUCAAGAGGGUAACUUAUGUUGCCAGCUCUUUCCAGAUAUUCUAUGACAACUGUGUGCCUCUUAAAAGUCCUGUUCACAGGAUGGAAAAAUAAUCUCAAUUAAUAGUUCCAAUUACAAUCAUUUUUGAGCUGCGUUCACUAAAAGGGAUGUGGCUGCAAAGCUCUGAAAACUAAGUGGAUCUUUGUGCUUAGAUUUUAUUACAUACACUGUACCCAAAGGUCAAGAUUGAUCCUCCACACAUCCUAACAUCUAACAUAGUAAAAAGAAAGCCCGCCUUUGUAACUAAAGUACAUUUUUAAAU